UUCAGCUCAACAGCUUGUUAUUCGUGUAUUGCUUUGCAAAUCUGGCUAGCAAGUCGUGUCGUUGCAUCAAUCAAAACCAAUCGAGCUGGACUCCCUCAAAUAGCCUCUACGAUGAAGGCAGCGGACGAGCCUGCCUACCUGACCGUGGGGACGGAGGUCAGCGCGAAAUACAGAGGUGCCUUCUGUGAGGCAAAAAUCAAGACUGUUAAACGGACGGUGAAGGUUAAGGUGAUGCUCAAAGGAGACACUACCUCACAAGUUGUUCAAGAUGACCAAGUGAAAGGACAGUUGAGGGUGGGCUCCACAGUGGAGGUGAAGAGUGCAGAGGGGAUCUGCAGUGAGGCAACCAUCAACAAACUCACAGACGCCAGUUGGUACACAGUGGUGUUUGAUGAUGGGGAUGAGAAGACACUCCGCAGGACGUCUCUGUGUCUUAAGGGCGAGAGACAUUUUGCUGAGAGCGAGACGUUGGACCAACUGCCCCUGACCAACCCGGAGCACUUUGGCACCCCCGUAAUCGGGAAGAAGGGAAACCGCGGAGGAAGGAGGUCAUCUCAGGCUCAUGCGAACGAUGACAAGGAGUCGUCAUCCAGUGAUGACGACAGUGAGGACAGGAGGAGGCUAAAUGAUGACCUGCUGGGUAAAGUGGCCAAUAUUCAGACUGGGACAGACCGGACAUCCUGGUACCUGGCCCUGGUGAUAUCGCCCAGCUGCAAUGAUGACCUGACAGUCAAGAAAGACCAAUGUUUAGUGAGAUCAUUUGCAGACUCCAAAUUUCGAACUGUGGCAAGAAAGGAGAUCCAUGAAGUGAACAUGGACAGCAUCUCUAAAGCUGAGUUCUCGUCGAGGAACGGGUUGGACGAGGCAGUGCAUUUCCUCAAAACCAAGGUGGUCCCUGACAGUUGGAAGAUGGACAUGAGCGAGAUCUUAGAAUCCUCCAGCAGUGACGAGGAGGACAAGGAAGGAAAAUAUAGUGAGGAUGAGGAGGAGGAAGAGGAGGAGGAGGAGAAGGAGGAUGACGAGCAGCCUGAGGAUGAGGCGGACCCAGAGGAGAGGGAUCACUUCCUGCAGCAGCUGUAUAAGUUCAUGGAGGAUCGAGGGACGCCAAUUAACAAGCCUCCUGUGCUCGGCUACAAGGAUCUGAACCUCUUCAAGCUCUUCAGGCUAGUCUACCAGCAGGGGGGCUGUGACAAAAUUGAAAGUGGAUCUGUGUGGAAACAAAUCUACAUGGACCUGGGCAUUCCCAUCCUAAAUUCUGCUGCCUCCUACAAUGUGAAGACUGCCUACAGAAAGUACCUGUAUGGCUUUGAGGAGUACUGCCGCUCAGCCUGCAUCGUGUUCAGGACCAUCCACCACAACGAGGCUCGUCCAGCGUCCCAGUCCUCCCAGUCCCAGACAGAGCAGAAGGCUGCCCAGGUCCCUGAGGUGAAGGACAAAGACAAGGUUGGCAAGUGCCCAACACCACCUGUCCAGAAUGAGUCUGCUGCAGCCACAGAGGACAAGCCUGCCCAGGAGGAGGCUGAGUCGGGGAGUGAGAGCGACAAAGAGAGCCACAAAGAUAUCGCCUCUCCAAGGGUUAGGAGUUCUCAAAAGCAACUUUUGUCCUUUGUGGGGAGGAGACGGUGCACUGUGACCCCGGUCAAAGCUGAGGUGAAGGAGCCUGUCAAGCUGGAGAAGAUCAAUGAGCAGGAGCCGAGUGGUCUGGGUGUGAGUGAGACCAGCGGAGAGGAGACGGGUGGUCAAAAAGAGAGCAGCAGGUCAGACGGAGGGGACACCCAGGGGAAUGGAUGCAGCCGACGUCUGGAGGAGUCCGAUAAAGAGUCUGAGGACGAAGGGGAAGAUGAGGAUGAGGACAGCGAGAGGAGAGUUGGAGAAGGGGCUGAGGAUGAGGACUCAGAAGACUCUGUGACAGGGACUAAGGUGAAGGUAAAGUACGGCCGAGGGAAGACCCAGAAGAUAUACGAGGCAAACAUCAAGAAAACUGAGAACGAUGAUGCCGGAGAUGUCCUCUACCUGGUACACUACUACGGCUGGAAUGUCAGGUAUGAUGAGUGGGUCAAAGCAGAUCGGAUCAUCUGGCCUGUCGACAAGGGCGGAACAAAAAAUAAACAGAAAAAGAAAGUCAUGAACAAAGAGGAUGGAGAGAAGGACAAGCAGGGGAAGCUGGGUGGGUUGAGAGGCCGCCCUCUUCUCAGAACCACUCCCCCCAGUGCCAACCGCAGCGUCUCCAAGACCCCCAGCCGUGAGGGGCGCUCCAGCAGCAAGAGCAAAUCUGACACAUCACCCCUGCCCAAUGGAGAGGGUACCCCUCGCCGACGUACAAGAACCUCUGGGAUGUAUGACUCGGACAGAGAUGCCAACUCCAAUGAUGAGUCAGGGAAUUCGUCCGAGGACAGUGAGUCAGAGGAUUCGCCGGAGAAGAAGCCUGCCUGGGCGGAGAGAACGGACCCCGCCACGGCCCGUAAACAGGAAGAAGAGGAGGACCUAAGGGUGGAGAGAGGAAGAGCAGAGGCAGUGGCCGCCGCAGCAGCCCAGGCAGCAGCAGCACAGCUCCAUCCCCCCAGCAGCCCUAAGGAGAAGGAGCAGCAGCAGGAGGACAAACUCCCUGAGAGGGAGCCUGAGAAAGAUGAGGCUGAGGAGCAGCCCCAGACGCCUCCCAUGACCCCUGAACCCGACAGACCCAAGGAAGAGGACCCCCCUAACCUGAAAUCCCCCAGGCCUAAAGCAUCACGUAGAAGUAACGUUGGAGAGCUAGAGAGGAACACCAACAACACUGGCUCUGAGAUACCCACCAAAACCAUCAUCACCACCACUCCCAACCACACUGAGACGGAGUCGUUCCCCAGCCCAUGCCCCCUGAAGAGGCAGGAUGAGCCCAUGGUGGUCCUUCACUGUCUCCCUGCUGAGCACCUCCCCAGCAUGCCAGACCUCCCCAUCAUGGACUCCGACACAGACUCCGCCCCGGAGGAGGAGAUCUGCAGGGAGGAGCGAGGCGUGGCCAAGCGUAAAGCCACCGACCACAGGACACCGGACAAGAAGGUGCGUCUAGACUGGAGGGAGGAUACUGCCAGAAUGGCAUUGCCGGGCGGGAGGCCCCAUGACUCGCCGGGCGGGAGGCCCCAUGACUCGCCGGGCGCGAGGCCCCAUGACUCGCCGGGCGCGAGGCCCCAUGACUCGCCGGGCGCGAGGCCCCAUGACUCGCCGGGCGCGAGGCCCCAUGACUCGCCGGGCGCGAGGCCCCAUGACUCGCCGGGCGCGAGGCCCCAUGACUCGCCGGGCGGGGGGCCCCAUGACUCGCCGGGCGGGGGGCCCCAUGACUCGCCGGGCGGGGGGCCCCAUGACUCGCCGGGCGGGGGGCCCCAUGACUCGCCGGGCGGGGGGCCCACGACUCCAGAGGGGAGACUGGAGUCGGGGGGACUGAAAGAAGAGGAGUGUCUGACGCCAGCGAAGGGUAAAACGGAGCCGGAGGUUAAAACAGAGAUGCCUGCGCUCACUCCGGAGGUGCGGUGUCGAGGUCCAGGAGAGGGAGGUUUCGCAGGAGGUCAGCCCAGGUCGGAGCAGCCAGACUAUGGGGCAGAGGAGGAGCUGAUGCCCCAGAUAGGGCCUGAGGCGCUGGUCUGCCAUGAGGUGGAUUUGGACGACCUGGAUGAGAAGGACAAGACCUCAGCAGAAGACCUCCUAAUGAUGAUGAGCCAAGGGAAGGUCCAUGCUCCCCCUCCAUCCAAUGCCUCCUCCCACCACCCUCAGACCCACAACAACCCUCCUCCGUCCUCCGGUGGCGCUGCUCCUCCACAAGUCUUUUCCCCCACCUCGGCCCCUAGCCCUGAUGAGUCUAUAAGCACCAAGAGUGAGAGCGACGUCACCAUCGAGGUUGACAGCGUAGCUGGGGAGUCUCAGGAGGGGCUCGGUGAUAAUGAGUCGGCCAACUCCAACUGCUUUGAAGCCAACACCAGCUCUAGCAACUCCAGCAUGUCACUACAGGAGAGAGACACCAAGGACAGAGGUCAGAAAAGGUUGAUGGACUGCAAUAUGAGUUGUUCUGCAAAGAAGCAGAAGCGCAACCAGAAACGGCCAAGCACAAUGUCCAAAAUGGAGAAGAAUGGAGCAGAGUACAGCAGUGACAGUGAGGACCUGGCUGUUAUGGACCCCUCCUGUAAGAAGACUCCAGUGAAACACUCCAUGUCUAAAGGAAGCCUGAAGCUGGUCUCUCCCAACAGUAAGGAGUUAGAGAAGGACAAGCACAAACACAAGCAGUCCUCCUUCCCCUCCCCUCGCACAUACAAGUGGACCUUCCAGCUCAAUGAACUGGACAGCAUGACAAGUGCUGAGAGGAUUUCCUUCUUACAAGACAAACUACAGGAUAUAAGGAAGUAUUACAUGUCACUCAAGUCUGAAGUGGCCUCCAUAGACAGGAGGCGGAAGAGGUUAAAGAAGAAAGAAAGAGAAGUGUCCCACACCACAGCUUCAACAUCGUCUGGCUCGUCAGACACUGGGAUGAGCCCCUCUUCCGCCUCACCGACUCAGAACACUGUGGCUGUCGAGUGCAGGUGAUGACACGCCUUCUCCCCCAUGGUUCCCAUGACGACUACCCUUUCCUACCAUCCCGCUGCCUCCCUGGAGACACGGUUGUGUCCGAAAUGGCACCCUAUUCCCUUUAAAGUGCUAAUAUUUUGACCAGAAGCCAAUGUUAAAUGACCAGAGGCCCUCGUCAAAAGUAGUCCACUAUAUAGGGCAUAGAGGUGCCAUUUCAGACGUACUGACACACCAGAGCCAGCGGCCAAAAGCACUCGGCUGCCCCCCUCUGUCUCCUUUCACCUCCCACCACUUGGCCACUCCCACUUCUUGCACUUCCCUGCCUUGUAGAUAUUGUGGUCCACCUACUGUAGUGUUGUCAGGAAAUGGAUUCUACGUGAGUUGAAUGUAAAGGAAACCACAAACCCCAGAUACUCCUAGCCAAACCCCUUCACUCUCCAUCCUUGAACAGUCCAUGGCACUUUUCUUCUUCUUACUCUGUCAGAAACAGAUAUAACCUCCUCUGGUUCCCCAAACGGGAGCAAUCUAGAUUCAGUAAUGAAUCAAUGAUGUCUAUCAGCAGAACCAGACAUACACAAUGUAUGUAACCUACAAUGUAAAGGGUCCCUACCCAUGUUAAUAAUGGUCACUUAACCACCAUGUUAAUAAUGGUCACUUAACCACCUUGGACAUUGUUUGCAAAAAGGUCAAUUAUGUUCGCUUGCUCCAUCAGAACUGCCAAAGUACAUGUGUUACAGCAGAUUGCCCUAUUUUGGAAAAGUGGGACAAAUUCAAUUGCGAAAGGGAAUGUAGUUUACUGAAAACUGCAGCCGUUGUCUUCCAUUAUUGCAGUGUGUCAUCACAGAUUAAUUAUGAAAACUAUUUUUGGAUCUCUUUUUAAGAAAGUAAUAAAAAAAUGAUUAGAAAAAGGUUUAUUACAGUGGAACACAGGAGAAUGUUUUCAGUGGACUAAUUUCCUUUGCGAGUGUAUUGUCUUUUUAUAUGUAAUUGCAGAGUUUUUAUUUUAGUAUGGAAAAUUUCAAAAAGUAUAUAUCACAACAGUGAAGUUAUUUAAUGAAAGAUUUCUAGCCCUGAAAUUUUGUGUAAAAAAGGUUUCUUGCAUUGUUAAAUAUAUUUAUUCUGUCAGUGGACACAUUUUAGUAUUUUUUACAAUAUAGAGACACGAACCUUCCACAGUUUGGACAAUGGGAAAUUCUGAUAUUGAAAGAAUGUUGUGUGCUCAUCUAAAAGCAGACUUUGACUGUGAUGUUUCAAUUGGGUAGCUACUGUGCAGUACAUGUUUCCCCCAUUUUCAACAGGGCCCUCAACUUUCUCAACAUUUUUUUUUUUUUUUCUUAGAUUGUUUUUGGGGAACACCAUAAUUUGGUGGCCUUCACUUUGUUUCUUGGUACUUGUAUUUGUUAUAAUUUAAAACAUCUAUUCUUAUUUCGACAUGAGUUCUGACCAAUAAAUAAAAGUUGCUUAAGGAAUAUGUAUGUGAAGCCCCGAGGUUUCUUACGAUUGUUUUUGUAUAUAGAUCUUCCAAAACCAUGAAUUUGAAAAAUACAUUUGACAAACUGUAAAGAAUGACAUUAUUUUUUUAAACCUCAUCUUUGUACUGGUAUAUUAAAAGCUUUUUUUAUGGCAAGUUGGUAGAAACAUUCACGCACACAGACUGACUAUAUACUGACCCAGUGUGUUUCAGCAUUAGUCUGAAACUAACCCUACAGAAGAGUCAUGGAAGCAUUCAGAACAUUGACAUUUUUUAUGCCUUAUAGACUUGUGAAAAACAGAACUUCCUUAAAAGCUAAGUUUAUCUACAGAUUCCUGGAUGAAGGUAUUAAGAUUACCUGAGCAAAGUCUUUGUAUCUUAAUGUAAAAUAAGCAGAGCUCUUCAUUUCUAAUAAAGUUUUUAAAUAUU